ACCUCACGCAACGACGUUUCCUACAGAUCCUGUACUGGCUGAAGCAGAAGAGUUUUGGAAAGAUCCUUUAUCUGUGCUGGUGGGAACGUGCUUAGUCAUUAUUGUAACCUCUUGAGCCCAAAACUUGUGAAGGAUGGCAUCUUCAGGCAACUCCCAAUGGAAGACACCCGAUGCGAAGAGGGAUGAGUUCCGGCGGUAUCUGGAGAAGGCUGGCGUACUGGACGGUCUGACGAAGGUCCUGGUCAACUUGUAUGAGGAGCCUGAGCGACCCACACAACCACUGGGGUUUCUGGCUGAGCAGCUAACUGGAUCCUCAUUUGUAGAUGUUCCAACUCUACAGCAGGAAAACUUUGAACUCAAAAAUAAAGUUCAAAAGCUAGAAGAUCAGAACAGAGAGCUGCAAGCAAAGAUUGAGGAGCUGACAAAUCCACCUCCCGAGGCUUGAGUGAUCCGGUUGUGCGUCGGGCUUCUUCACCUUUCUCCUUGUUGAGCAUACGUCUCUUCUGGUCUCAGCUGCCAUCAAUUUGUUCGGUCUCCAAUCCAUGCGUGCUUGAUCUAACUGGAUCACAUUUGUAGCAUUACGUCGAUCACGACCAAGCUCUUAGUACAUGUAUAGCUUAGUGUCGCUGAAACCCUACAGCUGACUGUUAUGCUAUUUUUAGAGUUUUUAUAGCAAGCUGACCUUUUAUUAGCUCCUGACUACAUACUACUGUAGCACAGUGGUAUACCUGUAUAGACGCGGUGUAUAUGUCACUCCUUUGUAAAUAGUUUCCAGCAAUGCUGUAAUUGACUAACGUUACCUUGACUCAUCUGGUAUCCGCCGUGAGGUAUGUGCUUUAACCUGUCAACUGUUUUAUUGUCCAUCGUCUUUUUGUUUUUACCUUUUAUACUUUCUUUCUUUGUUUUUGACUAACAAUGAAUGACUUUUAAAAUCAUGCAGUGUCUCAACUUUGAUUCAUGCAGCUUGGAAAAUUGGGCGAUUGCCUUUUCUGUAAACGACCUUUUUUUUCAUUA